UUUCCUCUCUUACACUGCGUGUGUGGUUGAGUGACAGGUCGAACAACACCUAUAGGACAAACAUGUCGCAGUACUCUGGAAAGAUCACCUUCUAUGAGGGGAAGUGCUUCACCGGCAGGAAGCUGGAGGUCAGAGGUGACUGUGAUAACUUUCAGGACCGUGGCUUCAUGAACAGGGUGAACUCCAUCCGCGUGGAAAGCGGCGCCUGGAUCUGCUACGAUCAUCCCGACUUUAAGGGUCAGCAGUACAUCCUGGAGCACGGAGAAUACCCAGAAUUCCAGAGGUGGAACUCCCACAAUGACCACAUGGGCUCCUGCAAGCCUAUCCGCAUGCACGGUGAACAUUAUCGCAUCGAGCUGUUUGAGGGCGGUAACUUCUCGGGUCAGUGCGUGGAGAUGUGCGACGACUGUCCUUUCCUGCAGAGCCGCGGCUUCUCCAAGAACUGCAUCAACUCUGUCAAGGUGUACGGAGACGGAGCCUGGGUGAUGUACGAGGAGCCAAACUUCCGCGGCCGCAUGUACGUGGUGGAGCGCGGUCACUACUGCAGCCACAACGAGUGGCAGGCCCAGAACCCCAACAUCCAGUCCAUCCGCAGAGUCGCCAACUACUUCUGAGGCCCCGCCUCUUAGACUCAUCAGACCCCGCCCCCCUCUGCUCUGACCCCUCCCACCACUGUCAUCAUGUACCUUUAAUGAACUCCAGGAGAAUAAAAGAAAACAGGUUUUUUUACCAAA